AUGGACAUGAUAUACGUCCCAGCUUUUAUCCUCCUGUUUUUGAUUUGCUUCUGCAAAUCCGAUGAUCGCCUAACACCCACAAAACCCCUUUCCCCCGGCGACAGGCUCAUCUCAGACGGUGGCAUCUUUGCUCUUGGCUUCUUCUCCCUGAAGAACUCAAGUGCAAACUCAUACGUCGGCAUAUGGUACAACCAAAUCCCGGAGCGAACAUACGUGUGGGUCGCAAACCGCGACAGCCCAAUCACUAGCAGCUCCUCUGGUAAGUUUGUUGUGACCAACAAUUCUGAUCUUGUCUUGUUAGACUCCAAAGGAAGCACUCUUUGGACAACCUCGAACAACAUCACCUCCGAAGCCGCCGGAACUGCUGCUAUACUGCUUGACACCGGGAACUUGGUCAUCCGGUUGUCCAAUGGCACAGACAUAUGGCAGAGCUUUCAUUACCCAACUGACACCCUCCUCCCUAACAUGACUACACCGUUGAGCAGCAAAAAUAAGCUCUACAGGCCUUUUGUUGCUUGGAGGGGCCCUGAUGACCUGUCCACUGGCGACUACUCCUCGGGCAGUGACUCCAGCUUGGUUCCCCAGGUCUUCAUCUGGAAUGGGACGAGGCCGUACUGGCGCAGAGCUGCGUGGACUGCUGCACUGGUCAACAACGUGUAUCAGAGAAACACUGGCGCCUUCAUGUUCGAAACAAUUGAACGAAGAGGUGCUGAGUUCUAUAUAACAUACACCGUCUCCAAUGGCUCACCAAAUAUGCUCGCGAAACUGCACUAUACGGGCAUGGUGAAGGUCCUUACAUGGAACAGCAAGUCGUCGUCUUGGGAUGUUUUCAUGGAGUACCCCAGUCAUGGCUGUGAUAGCUAUGCUUCGUGCGGCCCAUUCGGCUACUGUGAUGGCACAGAGGCGAUUCCAACAUGCAAGUGCCUUGAUGGUUUUGAGUCUGCUGGCCUUAACUAUUCCCUAGGAUGUCAGAGAAAGAAAGAGUUGAAAUGUGAUGGUACAUAUAGUUUCAUAACUUUGUCUGGCAUGAAAACGCCUGACAAGUUCCUGUACAUCAGGAAUAGAAGCUUCGACCAAUGCGCAGAAGAAUGCAGAAGCAACUGCUCAUGCAACGCUUACGCGUACGCCAACCUAAGCAGUCUUGGCAGUCUCGAUACGGUUGGAGACAGUUCGAGGUGCUUGGUUUGGAUGGGGGAGCUUGUUGACACAGGGAAGCCUGCUAGUGGUGCUAGUGAAAAUCUUUACCUCCGUAUUUCCAGCUCAUCCGCUAAUGAAAAAAAGAUUGUUAUACUGAAGAUUGUACUCCCGGCGGUGGCUUGUCUGUUGGUACUCACGUGCAUAUACCUUGGAUGCAAGUCACGAGGUAAGCGCCGAAGGAAAGGUCAGAGCACACAUAUGCUAAAGCACUUGAAUGCUUACAAACUUGGGAACGAAGAUACAGAACUUCCAUCUGUUGGUUUUGACGAAAUUCUCACUGCAACAAACAACUUUUCUGAUUACAACAUGCUUGGAAAAGGUGGUUUCGGAAAAGUGUACAAGGGAAUAUUGGAAGAUGGCAUGGAAGUUGCUGUCAAAAGGCUUAGUAUGGGUUCUGGGCAAGGGAUUGAGGAAUUUAAGAAUGAAGUAGUUCUGAUUGCCAAAUUGCAGCACCGAAACUUAGCUAGGCUUCUUGGUUACUGCAUUCAUGAAGAUGAGAAGUUACUCAUUUACGAAUACUUACCUAACAGGAGUUUGGAUGCCUUCCUUUUUGAUGCUACAAAAAAUUUUAUGCUUGAUUGGCUGAGCCGGUUCAUGGUCAUUAAAGGGAUAGCGAGAGGGCUUCUUUAUCUCCACCAAGAUUCAAGAUUAACAGUAAUUCAUCGAGAUCUCAAAGCAAGCAACAUCUUGCUGGACGCACAAAUGAGCCCUAAAAUAUCUGAUUUCGGUAUGGCAAGGAUCUUUGGAGGAAACGAGCAACAAGCAAACACUAACCGGGUUGUUGGGACAUAUGGUUACAUGUCUCCUGAAUAUGCGAUGGAAGGCUACUUUUCUGUCAAGUCUGACACCUACAGCUUUGGGGUUCUGCUGUUGGAGAUUGUAAGUGGAUUAAGGAUUAGCUCACCCCAUCUCACAAUGGACUUUCCAAACCUUAUAGCAUACGCAUGGAGCUUAUGGGUUGAUGAAAAUACAAGGGAAUUGGUGGACCGGUUGGUUGUGGAGAGUUGUCCACUUGAUGAUGUUCUACGAUGUGUUCACAUAGGGCUCCUGUGUGUUCAAGACCACCCAAAUGCUAGGCCACCCAUGUCAUCCAUUGUGUUCAUGUUAGAGAACGAAACAGCUCUGCUUCCUGCCCCCAAGAAACCUACAUAUUUCUCACUGCGGAAUCAUGAAGCUGAAGACUGGAGAAAAUAUAUGGAAAGAUCUGAGAAUAACAUGAGCAUCACAACACUGGAGGGACGUUAA